AUGGAGAAGGGCAGGGACAACCUUGUGGAAACUGUGCUUGUCUUGCUGACAUGGGCUAAGGCCUUCAAGACCACAUCCAGGGACACUCUGAACGUCUGGCAGGCCUGGCGCUGUGCGCUGCCCUUUGCCAAGAUCUGCCGGGUGCGGGAACUGUGCGCAAGCGCGCUGGAGCUGCUGGCCCACCGGCCUGCCACCUCCGAGGACGAGCAGUGUGACUGCUUCCUGGCUGUGUGGCCAGCACAGCUUCAGCUGGGACAGUAUCUCAACCAUUUCUCCCGGACCUCCCUGCCUGAUGUCCCCCAGCAGGUUGUGACAAUGGCAUCUCUCUGCUCAGAUACCUUUGAAGCCCUGAGCCGGGCCCGCUUUCCAGAGGCACCGGCAGGGGGCGAGGCCCGCACCGAGGGGCUGCUGCGCCGCUCGGGCUCCGGCUACGAGGGGAGCACCAGCUGGAAGGCCGCGCUCGAGGACACCACCACGCGUCUCCUACUGGGGGCCAUUGCUGUACUGCUGUUCGCCAUCCUGGUGGUGAUGAGCAUCUUGGCUUCCAAGGGCUGCAUCAAGUGCGAGGCACCCUGCCCGGAGGACUGGCUACUCUAUGGGAGAAAGUGCUACUUCUUCUCCGAGGAACCCAGGGAUUGGAACACAGGCCGCCAGUCCUGCCACACCCACGAGGCUGCGUUGGCUGUGAUCCAAAGCCAGAAGGAGCUGGAAUUCAUGUUCAAGUUCACAAGGAGGGAGCCCUGGAUCGGACUGCGCAGAGUCGGGGACGAAUUCCACUGGGUCAACGGGGACCCAUUUGACCCUGACAUAUUCCCCGUCUCGGGCCCUGGAGAGUGCGUAUUUGUGGAGCCCACCCGGCUGGUGUCAACUGAGUGUCUGAUGACACGGCCCUGGGUGUGCAGUAAGAUGGCCUACACGUGA